CUAUGAUGUUGCCACAAUAUGUCGGUGGUACGAUGGAAUCGCUUGACAAUUUUUGUAGCUUUCCUUCAUCGUGACUGCGGAAAUUCGACACUUCAGUGUUUUCCUGAAAGUUAUUUUUCAGUUAAUAUAAGAAAUAGGAUAAUCGUGAUGGCGGGCGUAAAGUCGAUAGGUGAAUUCAGUAGACAGCCAAGUAGGUACAAUAGGGUCGUUAGUCAUUAUCUUUGUCACAAAAUAAAUCGUGCCGGUUACGGCUUGACGAACGGGCAGCCGCGCCGACGUCUUGCCCUUGCCCGUGGCAACAACUGUAGUUCAGUCCGGGUAAAGCUAUGUGAUUACUAUGCUGUUAGAUAUUACACUCAAGAGCGUUGUUUUGACUGGUGAGGGUCAGCCGACUCAACGUACUCCCUCUUUGCUAACACAUGGAUGAAGAAAGGGUUGUGUUAUGUGUAGAUCACUAAUAGACAGCGUGCGCCCAGCAAAUGAAAUCAUAUCGGCUGUCUGAACCUAGACAAAAUGAGUUCAUCGUGGCUGGCCUACAAACGAUGAAGUGCACUCAAAAGCAGUGCUACAAAGCUUAGCAAUAGUGAAGUAAAGGAAAGACGCGGCACUACGACCAUAGCGGACCAGUGUGGCUAGCCGAUUGGAUACUAUAAACUAUAUCGAUUGAAUUUAAUGAUCCGGUUCUCGAUAUGGAUUGCAAGGCCGUUACCUGCCAAGCGGAGCAAUUUCGUGCGACACGAUUUUGGCAUACAAUCGUGACAGCAGUACGCGAAGAGCUGCCCGUUGGUCGUCAUCGCAAAGGGCUAAAAAACUUUGAGGAUUGCUUUCUAGGCGACGAAGCUGUUUCAUGGACGAUGAACUACAUUGAGAAAAAUAGAGACGCCAUGCUUGGCGCCUCAGUACAGUGCGAUCGACAACGCGUUAAGCCAGUUCCACGAGCAGAAAUUACCCGAGAGAAGGUGACACUUCUCUUGCAGAAAUUCGUCGAACAGAAGAUCAUCAAGGAUGUACAUAGCCGAGGGGAACCGUUUAGGGAUUCAGCCAAACAUCUUUACAUUUUUAACAAGGAAAACGUGGUUCCGUUGGGUACGUUUACCGCAGCCGUAGUCACCUUUAAAGAAAGUUGUUGCUCGCGUAACAGGGGUCGAAACGGAAGCUUAGGCCAUAUAUCCGCGCCAGCUGUGAAAUCCGCAACAAGUCUAGUCAAAAGUGCGCUCGUUGGACUGACUUCUCAGAAAGAGCGACGAGAUAAUAACCGAAGCGUUUGUACCUGACAGCUCGCUAGUCGCUAAGGAGAACAGGUUAUGGAUGCAAAACAAUUUAUCGAAUUUUUUUCUUGUAUCGCCAAGUGAAGGACAUCCGACAGGGGGUGGUCACGGCAGUCUCCACCGACGACAAUUCCACCGGACAAAAAAUAAGAGCUGUAACAUAAGCCGAAUUUCCGCCACUAAUAAUAAUAAUAAUGACCAGGUAAAACGAGAGAAGGCAUUAUGUCAGUUCGCUGGGAAGGGAAAUUCGUACGUCAAGAAGACAAAUACAAAUGUACGUCGUACAAUAACCUAUUUAGCAAGUGAAGACAUCAUCUUAUUCGUCGUUGAAAGGUAUCGCAAACUUGGAUUCAAUGGAAUAAUCAACCUUUUGAGGUUUGUUACCACAACGAAUUUAAGCUACUGAUGCUGAUCUUUAAAUCAAUUAGCUGUUGAAUUCGAAUCCAGUCAGAAUUUUCGUAAAAGGAUCUUCAGCUUACAAUUGUAAUGCCAUCGCGCAAAUAUUGCAACUGCUCAUUGUGUUAUUCUCAAUGAAGUAUGACCUUCGAGACCGAUCAUCUAGUCAAUGAUUUUUUGGGCUUUCCUAACCUACUCUCGACAAGAGGGGACUUCCCACAAGCGGACUCCUCUUGGACGAAAAUAUCGAUAUAACCGAACGUAUCUAGUCAACAAGAAGCCAACUAAGUAUAAUAUGUGUAUAUCUAAACUUCUGUGUAUUAAAUAAGACGUUACUCCGAAAAGCUUUCUGAAAAACACUGUAGCGCUAAUAAGUAUUAAUUUUCUAGUCCGAUUAGUAUCUUGUAAAUAGUAUGGAAGUGUAUUACUUUACCGCAAGCAAUAGGUUUUCAAUGUAUCUGAUCAAUGAGCAUGCGAAUAAGAAAGGAAAAGUUGUGUUAA